AUGUAGCGCUCAAUUGGAGUUAUGAUUAGCUGUCGUGAUUUACUGUUGUAAGACUUGUGGGCUAACGUUAUGAAGGUCUCUUUGGCCCUCGUCACAGGGCUUGCCCUGCUGGCGACUACGUGUCAUUCACGACCCAGUGACGAGGAGUACUGCCCAGAGAGCUGCCCGCCGCUGAUACUUCACGUCUGCAAGCAGCACGUGUUUAGCCGCAAGUACUACAAGUUCAGCCACCCGUGUCGUUUGAGGCAGUGCGAGUGCAAGAAUGACACACCUUUCUAUUCGGCGGACCUUCAUCACUGCAAUGGCCUUCCGGUAGACUACUGUCCACCACGCGACGACUGGGACACCGUGAGCUCCGAGAGCUCCGAGUGACACGAGAGGAGAACAAUAACUCAGCAACUGACUGUCCUCUGUCUUUUCGUUUCACAGACAGUGUCUCGACUAACUAAGAGGACUUGUGUAUCUAAUCUCUAAGAAAAGUUAGUAAAUUGUUAAGAACACUUGACUAAAAUCUCAAUGUUCUCAGUCUUUAUUCUUCAUAGAACAAAUAUUUACAAUUGUGGAGCAUACUUCACUCUCUGAGAUACUGAAUUCAGAAUUAGCACACAUGUUGCGUGACCGUGCCAUCCGAUGAAGAGUGUGUUCAACACUAAGGCUUCAGAUGACAGCAGAUGUCUUAUGUAUAUGAUUUUUCUGUCACAACAAAUGCAAAAAUAGCUAAUGUGUGAAUGGACUGAUAAUUUUAUAUCUUCAUGAG